CCCGCGCUGCUGCUCCUCGCGCUGGGCGCCCUGCUGUGGCCCGCAGCUGUCGCCUGGGAACUCACUAUCUUGCACACCAACGACGUUCACAGCCGGCUGGAGCAAACCAGCCAGGACUCCACCAAGUGCAGCAACGCCAGCCUCUGCGUUGGCGGCGUGGCGCGGCUCUUCACCAAGGUGCAGCAGAUCCGCCAAGCCGAACCCAACGUGCUGCUGCUGGACGCCGGCGACCAGUACCAAGGUACCAUCUGGUUCACCGUGUACAAGGGCGCCGAGGUCGCGCACUUCAUGAACGCCCUGCAAUACGAUGCCAUGGCACUGGGAAAUCACGAAUUUGAUAAUGGUGUAGAAGGACUGAUCGAUCCACUCCUCAAAGAGGCCACAUUCCCAAUUCUGAGUGCAAACAUUAAGGCAAAGGGACCUCUAGCUUCUCAAAUAUCAGGACUUUAUUUGCCAUAUAAAAUUAUUUCUGUUGGUGACGAAGUUGUGGGAAUUGUUGGAUACACUUCAAAAGAAACCCCUUUUCUCUCAAAUCCAGGAACAAAUUUAGUAUUUGAAGAUGAAAUCACUGCGCUACAACCUGAAGUAGACAAGCUAAAAACUCUAAAUGUGAACAAAAUUAUUGCACUGGGACACUCUGGAUUUGAGAUGGAUAAACUCAUUGCUCAGAAAGUGAAGGGUGUGGACAUUGUGGUGGGAGGACACACCAAUACAUUUCUUUACACAGGCAUCCCACCUUCCAAAGAGGUGCCUGCUGGGAAGUAUCCAUUCAUAGUCACCUCUGACGAUGGGCAGAAGGUGCCUGUGGUCCAGGCCUAUGCUUUUGGCAAAUACCUAGGCUAUCUGAAGGUUGAGUUUGAUGAAAGAGGAAAUGUCAUCACUUCAUCUGGGAAUCCCAUUCUUCUAAACAGCAGCAUUCCUGAAGAUCCAAGCAUAAAAGCAGAUAUUAACAAAUGGAGGAUAAAAUUAGCUAAUUAUUCUACUCAAACACUGGGGAGAACAAUUGUCUAUCUGGAUGGCUCCACCCAGACAUGCCGCUUUAGAGAAUGCAACAUGGGCAACCUGAUUUGCGAUGCUGUGAUUAACAACAACCUUAGACACCCAGAUGAAAUGUUUUGGAACCACGUGUCCAUGUGCAUUUUAAAUGGUGGUGGUAUCCGAUCACCCAUAGACGAGCAGAACAAUGGCACCAUUACCUGGGAGAACCUGGCUGCUGUCUUGCCCUUUGGAGGUACAUUUGACCUGGUCCAAUUAAAAGGUUCCACCCUGAAGAAGGCUUUUGAGCACAGUGUACAUCGCUAUGGCCAGUCCACUGGAGAAUUCUUGCAAGUGAGCGGAAUCCAUGUGGUAUAUGAUCUUUCCCGAAAACCAGGGGACAGAGUGGUCCAAUUAGAUGUUCUUUGCACCAAGUGUCGAGUGCCCAGUUACGAGCCUCUCAGAAUGGAUGGGAUAUAUAAGGUGACUCUUCCAAGCUAUCUGGCCAAUGGAGGAGAUGGAUUCCAGAUGAUAAAAGACGAAUUAUUAAAACAUGACUCUGGUGACCAAGAUAUCAACGUGGUUUCUCAGUACAUUUCAAAAAUGAAAGUAAUUUACCCAGCAGUUGAAGGUCGGAUCAAGUUUUCUGCAGGAAGUUAUUGCCAUGGAAGCUUUUCUUUAAUAUUUCUUUCAUUUUGGGCAGUGAUUCUUGUUUUGUACCACUAACCAAAAAUUCUCCUUGCUAUUAAUGUAAAACUGUAUUUUUUUCAAAGUGAGAUUCCAUCUGCCUUUUAGGACCUGGUGUUAUAUCACAGGCUAUCCUCACAGACUCCUAAGCGCUGAAGCUUAGGGCACUGUGAAAGAAAGAGAUAGAUAUCAUCACUCAGAGUCAGCAACUUCAUGAAUGGAUGCAAACUUAGUGAACUUAGAUGGAAAAGUAAAUAGGGCCCUCUAAGAAGAUAGCCAACCAUGUUUAAUUUAUGUAAAAAUUUUUUGUGACAUUUUAUUAACAAUUUUAAACCAUGGAAAUAAUUGUUCUAUCUAUCCUACUUCUAAUACAUGGAACAACUUACAAGUUUAUGUAGAUCAAGCACAUUGCUUCAUUUAAUGGCCAUAACAUUCUUCAGAGGGUAAUUUAGGUGGUGUUUUCCUCAUUCAAUACACAAGCAAACUGAAACUCAUAAAGGGUGACUUGUUCAGUUCUACUCAUAGUUAAAAGUACAGAUCAAGGCUUGAACUUUAGGUUUCUUAACAUCAUAUCCAACACUUCCUCAUCGAUAUCAAGUUGCUCCUCAGAAUGGUAAUUAAUAGUCUCUUUUCAUGACUACCAAUGGCCCCAAGAUCACGGAUGGCAAAUCUCAACUUAUACUAUUUUUUUCUUUUUCCUUCUUCUUUUGGCUCCUGUUGUAACAGCAAGUUUAAUGGACUAAACAAGGGACAGCAUUCUCUCUUCCAUUACCAUAGGUCUUUGAAUCAGCAAACAAACUAUAAAGCAGAUAAUGGGAAAGGACAGAGUCUGCAGAAUGUAGUUAUGGGGGCAGGGGAGAAAAGGAAGACAUGGGACACCAAGACCAAUUUACAUUACAGAAGAGAAUGAGCUAAGGAAGUUAAGCAGCAUGGUGCCUGACACACAGUAUUGGUUAUUAAUUUUAUGAGAUUCCAUUAGCUCUGUCUCUUCUGCACUUCUGUAGUCUUCUUCCUAACUUCAGAUGUCAUGAAAAGAGGACCUUCUAAAAUAAGUUCUAAUUAAUUCUAUACCUGGUCCCACUCCAAGAUGCCAACACUGCAUUUAUGUUACCAGUAAUCUCACCAUACACAUUAGGAAAAAUCCAGAGUCUGGAAGAUAAGCAUUGGUUUUAAGAUGCUGUAUAUAUAAGAUAUUUGAAGUUACUCUGUUUCAAAAAUCCAAACAUCACAGUAAAUCACUCUCAAAUCCAGAGCUGAGAACACCUGCAGGGGAGUGGGUCCCUGAAUGUUCAGGAAAUACCUGACUGAUGAAAUGAUUUAUGAUCAAAAACCUAACAUUUGCUGAUAGUGGCAGUGGGAUCAGAUGUGCCUACUCAGCAUUACAUCAGUAAUUCACCAAGAAAUUGAAGACUUCACCUUAAUAAUAAGCCAGGCAUGGUGGCGCAUACCUACAUUCUCAAUACUCAAGAAGCCAA